UUUUCAGCGCUUGAUUAUUGCCCAGUUGCAACCGUGAAAGACACCAUGUGCAACAGACGACCUCGAUCGAUAGGGGGUGUUACUAGUAGGGGGUAGCCGACACCUACCAUUACAUUGUUAUCUGCAAUCUAGUGGCUACGCUACUAGCUAACUAUACUUUCAAACGAUUGCCGUGAGCUUGUAAGCGAUGCAGUAGCAGCCCAACACCUCUCCGCUUCCGAGUGGUGAAGCAUUUUACAUGUGUUGAGCAAAAGCAAUGCUGGGACGGAUUGGGAUGCUACGUGGGCUACGAUCUAAGAUGCCAGCUUUAGUGGCGGGUGUCUCAUUUUUGAUGCUAGAAGCGGUUGGUUGAAUAUAUCAUUCGAAAAGUGAACCUUGUCCUCUCCCACAGCAGCCAUCUACUCCUAUGUUUGACUCAACGCUUCACUCUUCUCCAGGCUUCUUCUAAUAAAAAGUUCCAUUCAUUCAUUCACUCAUCUCAAUGCAUCUACUGUAGAUACCAGUAGCUAGCUAGCUAGCUUUCCGGUAUCGCUGCUUGAUUAGGCGAAGUUCUUCCCGAGUCAACCAAGAUAGGUACUCACAUCAUUGCUUCACUUCUUGUUCGAGAGAAAACUGGGAACUAAUAACUAUACCGUACCAUGGCCGACAAUGACACAGAGGAAGAAUCUUUCUUCUCCUUCACCGCCUUUGAUGGACUGGAAAUCGUUGUGGAUAAUGCUCGAUCCCAUGCUCCGCUCAUCACGUCGGAUGCGUCCUCGCAAGGGUCCAGCUCGGAAGACGAGGAGAUGAUGGCUCAUCAUCAUCAACCGCUGAGUCCGGCCAGAGGAUUGACACGGUGGGGGAGUCAAGAAGAUCUCAUUUCCAAUAUCGUACCCAAACCACCCAGUCGUCCUUCCACCGAUAGUCCCAUCCCUACUACAUGUACUACCAAUACUGAUAAUCAGACUAGCGAUGAGGAGAACAGCAGUUGUUUGCGGGAGCCUCCCAGCAACCGCGAUACUCGCAUCCAUCGCAUACGGAGUCGAUGGAACAGUCACAUUAGCGCCGACGAAAAUACCAAAGCGGCAACGUCCAAGAUUAGCCCCACUCUGCCACGCCGCCUCAAGGAUAUGGAAGACAUCAUGAUGCCACCGUUGCCGGACAUGACGAUGACGAAACCACCAAGUCGUCCCAAAGAGGAGAAUGAUGAUGAUAGCGAUGAUCUCAUCAUGUCGCAGUCCGAGGGGACUCUAUGGAAAGGUAUCAUGCGCCAACAACAACAGCGGCAACAUGCUAGUGCCGCCGUUGCGCAACGACAUCAAGAUCAUUUGUUGCUUCCAGUUCUCUCUUCAGAUGAUAGUUGUGAUGAUGCUGGGAAAAGUAGUGAUCAUUCUCCCCAAGUAGCCAUGCCAGAUGCAGAUGAGUAGCAUUACGUAACAGCACCUUAUGUUGCACGCUGUUUGGCUCAUGGGCGGGCGGCAGACCGAGUUGUCGUGAAGGUGGUGGCAAUACCAGGAUAACACUUGAUCCUUUUGAGAUUGCUCACCAUUUCCAGCUGUGGUAAAAGGUCCUGGCUGAUGGUUGCUGCCCAUACGGUACCUCCCUUUCGGCCAACCGCCUCAUUCAGACCCCAAGUGUAGCGGGCGUGACUCGAUGCUGUGGUUGGCUGUACCAGUACUGUACCGUGUCUGUUUGUAAGCCAUAGUAGUACUCCUUUCUUGGGACGCCUAUUGAAGCUGAGCUGGACUGGUAGCUACCUGACACGUAGAUACCAAUAGAUUCAUAAGCUAAUGCAGCAGUUACUCUACUG